GCCCCAGAGCGGCGCAGCUGUAAUGACGCGCUUCCCGCCGUUCUCCACACCCCGCCUUCCCCCCGCCCCCACCCACCGCCUUGCUGACAGCCGGGCCGGAGGCGCCACGCCGCCAUUUUAUCGCUAAAGUGGCUGGGCUCCGCUCCGCGGCCGUUGGCGCGACCGGUGGAGCGGGCCGCGGUAGCGACGGCAGUGCCGGGCGCUUUUUAAAGGGGUUUUAAAUCUGCUUGGGAGGGGGGAUUGUCUUUGUGCCCUGUUUUCAGACGCUAUGUCCGCAGACGGAGCUGCCGGAGACCAGGCCUCUGGAUUCUGGUGUCCUAGAAGUUUCUAAUUUUGUUAUGCUCAGUUAUCCACUUCCAUCAUUUCCUUCAGUUUCAGCUGCUGAAUAUGUCCCAGAAAAAGUGAAGAAAGCUGAAAAGAAACUAGAAGAAAAUCCAUAUGACCUUGACGCUUGGAGCAUUCUCAUUCGAGAGGCACAGAACCAAGCUAUAGACAAAGCACGGAAGACCUAUGAACGCCUUGUUGCCCAGUUCCCCAGUUCUGGCAGAUUCUGGAAACUGUACAUUGAAGCAGAGAUUAAAGCAAAAAAUUAUGACAAAGUGGAAAAGUUAUUUCAGCGAUGCCUUAUGAAGGUUUUACACAUUGAUUUAUGGAAAUGUUACCUUUCCUAUGUUCGAGAAACCAAGGGGAAGCUCCCUAGUUACAAAGAAAAAAUGGCUCAGGCAUAUGAUUUUGCUCUGGAUAAGAUUGGCAUGGAAAUCAUGUCAUACCAGAUCUGGGUGGAUUACAUCAAUUUUUUGAAAGGCGUAGAAGCAGUAGGAUCUUAUGCAGAAAACCAGAGGAUAACAGCUGUCCGUAGGGUUUACCAGCGUGGCUGUGUGAAUCCAAUGAUAAACAUAGAACAGCUCUGGAGAGAUUAUAACAAAUAUGAAGAGGGCAUCAAUAUUCACUUAGCUAAGAAGAUGAUUGAAGACAGGAGUAGAGAUUAUAUGAAUGCACGACGUGUAGCAAAGGAAUAUGAGACAGUGAUGAAAGGUCUGGACCGCAAUGCUCCCUCUGUCCCCCCACAAAAUACCCCCCAAGAGGCUCAGCAGGUAGACAUGUGGAAGAAGUACAUCCAGUGGGAAAAGAGCAAUCCGCUGCGUACAGAAGAUCAAACUCUCAUAACAAAAAGAGUUAUGUUUGCCUAUGAGCAAUGCCUUUUGGUUCUGGGACAUCACCCAGAUAUCUGGUAUGAAGCUGCACAGUACCUCGAGCAAUCUAGUAAACUGCUAGCUGAAAAAGGGGACAUGAACAAUGCUAAACUUUUCAGUGAUGAGGCUGCUAAUAUUUAUGAAAGAGCGAUCAGCACUUUAUUAAAGAAGAAUAUGCUUCUUUAUUUUGCAUAUGCAGAUUAUGAAGAGAGUCGUAUGAAGUAUGAGAAAGUGCACAGCAUAUAUAACCGGCUCCUGGCUAUUGAAGACAUUGAUCCCACUCUGGUCUAUAUCCAAUAUAUGAAAUUUGCAAGGAGAGCAGAAGGCAUAAAAUCUGGAAGAAUGAUAUUUAAGAAGGCAAGAGAGGAUACCCGGACCCGCCAUCACGUCUAUGUUACAGCAGCUUUAAUGGAGUAUUACUGUAGUAAGGAUAAGUCUGUGGCCUUUAAGAUUUUUGAGCUAGGACUGAAAAAAUACGGGGACAUUCCAGAAUAUGUACUGGCAUAUAUCGACUACCUUUCUCAUCUUAAUGAGGACAAUAAUACAAGAGUUUUGUUUGAACGCGUUUUAACUUCAGGGAGCCUUCCACCGGAGAAAUCUGGGGAAAUCUGGGCUCGGUUUUUAGCUUUUGAAAGUAAUAUUGGUGAUCUGGCCAGUAUACUGAAAGUGGAAAAACGGAGGUUUACAGCAUUCAAGGAAGAAUAUGAGGGUAAAGAAACAGCUCUGCUAGUAGACAGGUACAAGUUCAUGGAUUUGUACCCUUGCUCUACUAGUGAACUGAAGGCUCUUGGAUAUAAGGAUGUCUCUCGUGCCAAGCUGUCAGCUGUAAUUCCAGACCCUGUGGUUGCACCUUCCAUCGUGCCUGUCCUCAAAGAUGAGGUGGACAGAAAACCCGAAUAUCCAAAACCGGACACUCAACAAAUGAUUCCAUUUCAGCCACGACACUUAGCACCUCCAGGUUUACAUCCCGUCCCAGGCGGUGUGUUUCCUGUUCCACCAGCAGCUGUAGUUCUUAUGAAGCUCCUGCCACCUCCUGUUUGCUUUCAGGGUCCCUUUGUUCAAGUGGAUGAGCUCAUGGAGAUAUUUAGAAGAUGCAAACUGCCAGACACUGUUGAUGAAGCUGUGCGGUUAAUUACUGGAGGCCUACCUGAAAUAGCUGUGGAAGGCAAUGGACCUGUGGAAAACAACGCUAUGCUCAACAAGACUAUUAAGAGGCCACAUGAGGAUUCUGAUGACGAUGAGGAGAAAGGAUCUGUAGUUCCCCCUGUACAUGACAUUUACAGAGCACGACAGCAAAAGCGAAUCCGGUGAAACAAGUCUGGAGUUCUGCUGUGAUAGACAAAGACUUGCAUUGAGUCCGUCAGUCUCUUAAAAGUCAGGCAUUUAAAAGGGACAGCUGCAAACAAAAGUAAAUCUUGAAAAUGGUUUUGUUACUGUGGUGCCUCUUUUCUCCUAUGGUUCUUGAUCCGAAAACAGCCAGAACAACCUUAGAACGUGCUCUGAACAAAUCAAGGUUUUCAGAACCAAAAGUGCAAAAUGUCAAAACUGCAUUUUGUUCUUCAAAGGUGUUCACAUCUACCACUUGAGAUCUGGUGGGUUCUCAACAGUUUUAUUUUAAAAACUGGAUGGCUUAUACUUGUGAAGCAUUUUUAAUUCACAUUUUCUGGAAAACAGUUGUUCUCAGUUUGUUCAUGUAGUUCCUGCCUUAUUGUUCAUUUUUAUUUAUGGCAGAAUGUAUGGAAUCUGUUUUGUAGUUGAAAAUGGAAAGAAACAUUCCUUUAAAAUAAAAGGAUAUCCAUAA